AUGGCCAGACUAGGACUCAUUCCUUCCUUCCUUCCUUCCUUCCUUCCUUUCUACUCUCCCUCCCUACUCUUCCUUCCUUCCUUCCUUCCUUUUCCCUCUCUCCUCCCUCUUCUUCCUUCCUUCCUUCCUUCCUUCCUUCCUUCCUUCCUUCCUUCCUUCCUUCCUUCCUUCCUUUCUACUCUCCUCCCUACUCUUCCUUCCUUCCUUCCUUCCUUCCUUCCUUCCUUCCUUCCUUUCUACUCUCCCUCCCUACUCUUCCUUCCUUCCUUCCUUCCUUCCUUCCUUCCUUCCUUCCUUCCUUCCUUCCUUCCUUCCUUCCUUCCUUCUAUUUUUCUUUCUCAUUUCAAUUUUGAAACAUGGGAAUUUCGGUGUUGCGAUGAUAAUAUAUUAAAAAAAACAAUUGUAAUAUCUAUCUAUCUAUCUAUCUAUCUAUCUAUCUAUCUAUCUAUCUAUCUGUGUGUAUGA